AUGAAUGAACACAUAUUUCCAUCCUCUUCUAAUCAAAAGGGGAAAAAUGGGUGGGUGAAUCUCAUCCUCUUGACAAAAGUAAAUCCAGAGAGGUUCUUGCUUACUUCAAGAAAAGGGAGGUCACAGUCUGAGUACUGUUGAUUGAUUUGACUAUUUACUGGUAUAUUUCAGAUAUUUUUAUUAUUAUUUAAAGAUGGUAUUCUUUUUUAUAAUUAUAAGAAACAGUAAACCCACACAGAAAAACAAGAGGAUUCCUUCUUCUUCAUAUAUAGAGAAGCAUAACUACAGAAUCACCAUCUUCCCCUUCCCUCUCCUUCCUCUUUCUCCCUCUCUCUCCCUCCUUCACUCUAAUAAAAUCCCCCAUCCAUUCCCCUCUCUUUCCAUCACAAAAUCUGGUAUGAAAGAGAAGUUAAUAAUAACUCUUCUCCAAGGAAAUUGAUAAGGUAUAUAAGCUGUCUAUAUCAUCAACCCUCUUUGCCCAAAUACCACUUCCAUCCUAUCUUUCCCUGUCUCUCUUUCUCUUUCUCUCUCAGUUUUUGAUCAAGAUUCCACCUUUCUGGGGGAGGGGUUAGCUACACAUAUCACACAUCCUGAGAAAAAAGUCAUUCUGCAAUCUCUUCACAACAACAGGAAGCAUGAGAAAACCAGACUGCUAUGUCCACUGCCUGUGAGAUUUGUGGCAGAAAGUCCAGUACUACAAGGAGCUAGCAUAAUAUAAAGUCAAAUGACUUGCAAUGGGAUGGCUUUCUUCCAAACAAACUUCAUGCUCCAAACCCAUCAUGAUGAGGAAGAAGAAGAUCACCAUCACCAGCCUCCAACUACUCUCAACCCAAUGCUCCCUUCCUGCACACCACAGGACUUCCAUGGGAUGGCAUCAUUUCUGGGGAAGAGAUCCAUGUCAUGUUCAGGGAUUGGAGAUCAUGAGUUGGAUGGAGUUAAUCAUGGAGGGGAUCAGCUGGAUGAGCUGUCAGAUGAUGGGUCACAGGCAGGGGAGAAGAAGAGGAGGCUGAACAUGGAGCAGGUGAAGACACUGGAGAAGAACUUUGAGUUGGGGAACAAGCUUGAACCAGAGAGGAAAAUGCAGCUGGCUAGAGCUCUUGGGUUGCAGCCUAGGCAGGUUGCUAUUUGGUUUCAGAACAGGAGGGCCAGGUGGAAGACCAAGCAGCUUGAGAAAGAUUAUGAUGUCCUGAAGAGACAGUAUGAAGCUGUCAAAGCUGAUAAUGAAGCUCUUCAAGCCCACAACCAGAAGCUUCAUGCUGAGAUAUUGGCACUGAAAAGCAGGGGACCAACACAUGAAGCAAUCAACCUGAACAAAGAGACUGAAGGGUCCUGCAGCAACAGAAGUGAGAGCAGCUCAGAUAUCAAGCUGGACAUCUCAAGGACACCAGCAGCCAUUGACAGUCCUCUAUCAAGUCAACACCCAACCACAACAACAAGCAGUGGCAGGCCAUUCUUCCCAACUACAUCAUCUCAUCAUCAAUUACAACAACAUAAUAAUGUUAGGCCUCCAUCAGCUCCAUCUGGUCUAGUACAACAGCUUUUCCACAACAACAACACUUCAUCUUCAAGUCAACACCAUCCCCAAUUAGGCCUCCAGUGUCACAAGAACAUUGAACAGAUUGUGAAGGAGGAAACCCUAACCACCAUGCUCUGUGGCAUGGAUGAUCAGUCUGGGUUUUGGCCAUGGCUUGAGCACCAACAGUUCAAUUGAGAACUUGAUGAUGAUGGUGAUGAUAAUGGUGAUAAGUUGAAGAGUGAUUAGUAACAAGAAGAAGAAGUGGGGCCAAGAUUGGAUAUUGCUUGUACAACUAGCUAGCAAAUGGCAACUUCUGCAUACAAAGGUUUACCACCACCACCACCUCCCCACAACCAUGCAGAAGAAGAAGAAGAAGAAAGUUUGGUAAUUUAAUAUUUUUUUUUCCCUCCCAAGUGUUUGUUAAUUUUUGAAUGUUGAUUAUAAAGAGAAAGAAUCCUCCUCCCAUGUGCUGAUGGUGCUUAAUUAUAAUACAUUUGGGUGCAUAUAAACAAAUAGGAGGUUAAGGAGGUGAUGAUGAAGAAGCUGCUCUUCAUGAGUCUCAAGUGACUGUUUUUUUUUUCCUUUGAUUUGUUUUUUCUUUAUUUUCUUUUUUUCUCCAGUGAAUUGAGAGGGAAUAAAGAAAAAGGGGUUUGUGUCCUUUUUUUUUAUUUACAGUUUUCACAUACCAUGUUCUCAUUUUUUUCAUUUCAUUUUCUUUGUAGUUUGUUCAUUCUUAUCAUCAAUCUCUCUUCUGGGUUUUUGUUUUUGAGAGUUACUACUGAGUCGGCAUCUGGUUUCUUGCUUGUUAAGUAUAUCAGCAUUGACAAUCAAACACAUACAUAUA